CUUUCUCCUUAACUCAAACACACGCGUGCACCAUCUGCCUCACUUUCUUCCUGCUCUCAGGCACACAAAAGAUAUUAGUGACUGAAUCCUGACUCUGUCUUACCUGACUCGAGCUUUAGAGUUAAAGGGGAAACCGGUACUGUUUGAGUUUCCUGGAACAGUCACAGACAUAUUCCUGGAUCAUGUAGAGACAUGCCUUUCCUUGGAAUCUAAAUUAAAACUUGAAUCCAGUGUCUCCAAUGCAUUAAUGUGGAAGUAUACUCUGCCUGUAAGUUCAUUCAUCUAUUUCUAAGCAAACAAGUGGAGGACAAAAGAGAAACAGCUGAAGUUUUUCAUUGCCAAUGAUGUCAACUGACAGUCUCCAGCCAUCUUCACGGAGAAUAAUAAGGCUAGCUGUAACUUCUGGCACUCCAAGUCCCAACCUAGAGUCCAGUUGUCCAGUCAAAUCAUCUCCAGGCAUACGCAAACCAAGUGCGGUGGAACGUUUGGAAGCAGACAAGGCCAAGUACGUCAAGAGCCAACAGGUGGCUUUGAAGAAGCAGCAGCCAGUUAUUUGUCCUUCCAACAACAGCCAAAGUGGACAAGGUGCUCAACAGCCAUCAAGGAAGAUCCCUGUAAGACCUACAAAGUCUGAGAUGCCACCUCUUAACCUGGAAAAUCUUUGCAAGCUGAUUGAUGGAGUCAGCGAUGCCACCGUUCCAGACGUAUCUACACAACCCAACAACAAAGAGAAAGAUGCUACAGAUCCAUGCAAGGCCACCUCUCCAACAGUUGAAGAAGCUUCUGUGGGCUUAACUUCAGCAAGUCAAGGAAAAGCUCCAGUAGAGGCUUUAGGGGCGAGCGGAUGUCCUACCAUGACAGUGCGGAGAGUUGACGUCAGGCCGCAGUUACCUCAGAUGAGGAUGGCUGGUAGACCACAGCAACAGAACCGACCACCAGGGCAACAGACCACACCUAAGGUCCCAAUACAACUUCUGCGCUUGCUUAGACCGUACACACAGCCAAAUCAACAACCAACUGACUUCAAAAGGCUCCAUAGAGCCACAAAAACAAAUGCCAACAAAGGACCUAUUAAACCACCAAACUGUGCUGCGCAAACCUCACCUUCUUCCAAAUCCCCAACUAGCCCACCUCUACCCCUCUCCAUAAAACCAAUCACAGAACCAUUAUCGUGUCCCUCACUUACUCCAAACUCCAUUGCUUUGCUCAAAAAUGACUUCCAGUCCCCGUCAUCUCCAGCCAUCACUCGCCAAUCCUCAACAAGCUCCAGGAAGCGUUCUUCCCUAACGCGCUCAAAAUCUGAUGUCAGCGACUGCUUUUCACGAGUAGGAGCAGAACUUGAGCGCUUCUUUAAUUAUUGUGGCCUUGACCCAUCGGAUUUAGAGGAGCUGGCGAGACCGGGGUCUGACAUCGUGUCUGUUUCACGUCUACGUAGCGCCAGUGCACCGGCAUCUGAGCGUUCGGCUGAGGGUGAAGAUGAGGAAGAAGAUGCACCAAAAGAUGAACGUCCUGUUUACGGUGUCUCGGUCAUUGAGAGAAAUGCUCGCGUGAUCAAGUGGCUUUAUGGGAUGCGCCAGGCCAAAUAGAGUCCCAAAGUGGUCGAUAUGUAACAGGCAACAAAGGACUAACAAACAACCACUAUUCAGACUGAAAUCAAAUACAAAAUAUGUUGUACAAAUUGCUUACUUCCCCAUUCACUAUUUUGUCUCUCAUCUGCAUAUUUUAGAGUUGUCUUGUUAAAAUGGCUGUGCGUGUGACAUGUAUAACAGCUCAUAUUUGUAGCCAUGUUCUCAAACAAUAACAAAGCAUGCAUUGAUGCAUGGUUAUGGUGACCACCAAUAAACUCUUAAACACAAUG